GCGGGGGGGGCGGGGCGGAGCGCGCGCGGGAUGCGCAGGGGGCGGCUGGCGGCGGCCGUGUCAGCGAUGGAAGCACCAACUCAUAGCACCGUGCACCUGAGCGACUGGCAGAAAAGUUACUUUGCUCUUACCUCUGGCACCUGCACGCCCGCACAGAAGGCUGAUGAAUACCGUGCCAAAAUUCUGCGUAUUCAGUAUGCAUGGGCAAACUCAGAGAUCUCUCAGGUCUGUGCUGCCAACCUCUUUAAAAAAUACGCAGAGAAAUACUCUGCAAUUAUUGACUCUGACAACAUAGAGACUGGCUUGAAUAACUACGCUGAAAACAUUUUGACUUUGGCAAAGUGUCAGCAAAAUGACAGUGACAAGUGGCAAUCUGCCUUGACAACAGAUAACGUAUUUGAAUUAAAGUGUGUGCAGGAGAGGAUGCAGGCUGGCAAAAAUUUCCAAAGCACUCAGAUGGCACCGACAGAUGCCUUUGUACCAGCUGGUAACGGGGUCAGUGCUUCUGCCACUCCGGGUCUUCCUAGACUCGGUGUCUUCAGCAGUGUUGCCGAGAGUGAACGCUGUGCUGGCUCAUCAAAAUGUGCAAGUCGGGGCCCGGAUCUCCUUGAGCAUCCCUCAUCUUCAAAGUCUCUUCAAAGCAGUCUGCCUCCUGUGACUAAAACUUCGGAUAUACCUCCUGUCUCUUCUGUGUCCCUAAAGGAACAGGUUCAUACAGGUUUCCAGGUAACUCCACUGUUUGGAAGUAAAGAAAUGACAAGCAGCAGUUCUCUGAAAACGUCAGGUGGCUGUCAUGACAGGCAGAAUUUGUCUCUUCCCAGUCAGUCCGCUGUACAUGCCUGGUCUGGGAAAAGAAAAGCGUUUUAUGGUUUGGCUGAUAAAGGCAGCGCUGCACCUUCUAGCCUUGCUCCGUGCCAGCCUUCCGUUAGUACAGAAGCCAGUAGUUUUUCAGGGAAUAGGAACAGAAAUGAGGAGAGCGCUGCUCCUGGUUUUAGAACGGCAAAAGAGCAGCUGUGGGUGGAUCAGCAAAAGAAACCUCAGAGCCUCCACCAGCGUACACCAGCCUCGUCGUACGGAGGUGUAAAAAAGUCGCUGGGUGCUGGUAGGUCUCGGGGUCCAUUUGGCAAGUUUGUUCCUCCAGUCCCAAAACAAGAUGGGAGUGAAAACGGAGGAGCACAAUGUAAAGCUCACGCACGAGGGCCGCCAGAUCCAGCACUUCCUGUAGAUGAGCGCCUGAAGAACAUUGAACCAAAAAUGGUGGAGCUCAUUAUGCACGAGAUCAUGGACCACGGCCCCCCCAUCAACUGGGAUGACAUUGCUGGAGUCGAGUUUGCUAAGGCUACGAUAAAAGAAAUAGUAGUGUGGCCGAUGCUGCGGCCAGACAUCUUCACGGGGUUACGUGGUCCUCCAAAAGGAAUUCUUCUCUUUGGCCCCCCCGGGACUGGGAAGACGCUCAUAGGCAAGUGCAUUGCGUGCCAGUCCGGGGCUACGUUUUUUAGCAUCAGUGCCUCUUCUCUGACUUCCAAGUGGGUGGGUGAAGGGGAAAAGAUGGUCCGCGCGCUGUUUGCUGUGGCACGAUGUCAGCAGCCGGCAGUGAUUUUCAUCGAUGAAAUUGAUUCUCUGUUGUCCCAGCGUGGGGAUGGGGAGCACGAGUCUUCGAGAAGAAUAAAAACCGAAUUUCUGGUCCAGUUAGACGGGGCAACAACCUCCUCCGAAGAUCGUAUCCUGGUGGUUGGAGCAACGAAUCGACCCCAAGAAAUCGAUGAAGCUGCCCGAAGGAGACUGGUAAAGAGACUGUACAUUCCUCUUCCGGAAGCCUCAGCGAGGAAGCAGAUUGUGACUCGCCUCAUGUCAAAGGAGCACAGCUGCCUUAGCGAGGAGGAGAUUGAGCUUAUCGUUCAGAAAUCACAUGGGUUUUCGGGGGCAGACAUGACACAGCUCUGUCGGGAAGCUUCUCUGGGCCCCAUCCGCAGCCUUCAGUCCAUGGAUAUCGCGACCAUCCUGCCGGACCAAGUGCGGCCCAUUGCCUUCGUUGACUUUGAGAGCGCCCUCAGGACAGUGCGGCCCAGCGUGUCCUCGAAGGAUCUAGAGCUGUACGAAACCUGGAACCAGACCUUCGGCUGUGGUAGAUAACUGCAUCGUGACUGCCUUGCAGUUCUUUAGCACUGUGUCACAUGUUAACACCGUGACAAUUCAGUGUGUCUGCACUGCUUCUUGUUUCUAUCCGUCUCUGUAAUAAAUCUUGUGAAGUUACGCAGCCAGACGUCUAGGUGCUGGCCUGAGGUUUAGCUAACUGGAAAGAUGGAGAAACUGUGAGGAAAUUACAGAUAGCCACUGUGAAGGGUGGAUGAAUUUCACCGCUGUUCAAGGGGGAGAUGGGCAAACUUUCCGUGUAAUUGAAGGGAGCACUGGGGAUCUCCUGGGGGAGGGACCUUGCAGGAGGAACCUCCUUCUGAGGGUGUGAAGAGGGGGUGUCCAGUAAAUGGUGUUCUUGUCUGACUGAGCCCUGCACACAUCACUGCAGUCUAAUCCCUGUUUUUUAUUAAAUCCUCUAACUGUUUUCCGUUUGACCUU